UGAAAAUGCCGUUUGAUUUCAAGGGUAAGAAAAUUCUUGUGACUGGAGCAGGGAGAGGAAUAGGGCGCGGCGUGGCAAUUACCUUGUGUAAAAGUCCAUGUAAAGUAUAUGCCCUUAGCCGUACAAAGGAACCACUUGAUACACUAGUGGAGGAAUACCCAACCAUCGUGCCAAUUGUCGCAGAUGUUUCAAACUGGGAGGAUACUCGUGAAAAGUUGGAAAAACUUGAGGUUUUGGAUGGCUUAGUAAAUAAUGCAGGAAUCCAAGCAAUAGGAAAUGCCGCUAUUGAUUGGUCAAAGGAAAUCAUUUGGAAUCUUUUAAACACUAACCUUCUCAGUGCAAUCAACUGUACACAGGUUAUAGCAAAGAAAAUGAUUGCGGCGAAGAUAAAGGGAUCUAUUGUAAAUGUGUCAAGCAUUACUGGGAUAUCUUCUUUUCCAAAAGCAUUAUCAUACACCAUAUCAAAAGCUGGACUGGAUAUGGUCACAAAGCAAUUUGCCCUUGAAUUAGGACCAUACGGUAUACGUGUAAACUCUGUCAAUCCUACAUUGGUUGUUACGCCGUUAGCUGCUCAUCAUAUCGAAGCCGGUGAUGUUUUCCCUGAGACAAUUACAUCAAGGACUCCGAUGGGACGGAUUAUGGAAGUGCAAGAAUGCGUUGAUUCCAUUCUUUAUUUGCUCAGUGAACAUUCUUCCAUGGUGACAGGCCAUUUGCACGUCUUAGACGGUGGGUUGUUGUCAAAUAUAACUGUGAAAGUAUAGUUAAAGAUACAAUAAGUCAAAAUGAAAACCCGUUUUGACGAGUAUUCAAUAGAUUUUAACCAGUAAAAAUCAUAUGGACUACUCGCAAACACUCUGCUUAAUUUUAAGGUUUACUUUAUCUAGGCAUAACAGGAAUGUCGGACGUCAACAGAUAAGCAAAAUCUUAACACACAGAACAUUGUCUUAUUACAUGACAGUAACAAUUUGUAGAAAAGGAUUGCCUUCAUUAAAUCUGUGAACACAAGUUUCAUGUAAGCGUUCUAUUUUUGGUUUAUAUUUAUGUGAAUUCUUCUUUUAUUAUACAAUACACUUGUCUUAUUGCUAUAAACAUCGUGUCAAAAAAAAAGAGUAGUAUUAGUUGAUCAGUCACAACUUGAGUCACACACGGCAAAAGUUGACACAUAUGUUGAAUGUUGUGCUUUCAAUUGGUGUAC